GUCAUGCCAACUAUAGAAGAAAGAGAGAGACUGAUGAAACCAGUAAAAACAACUUAUACUGGCUUUACUCCUAGAUCUGUUCAAAAACUAGCCACACGGAAAAAACCUACCACAGUUUUAGACUUUGAAUGUAAUCACUUUUUAAGAACUAACCCUGAGGCCUUCACAAAUGGGCAACCUUCAGUUGAACAUAGACUGUGGCUAGAGGCAGGAAAAUGUGCCCCACCCUACCCCUCUCGACCAGAUGCCAGUUACAACAGCAAUGUGUGGCGAAAUUUUCGUAAGCAGUUUGGUUUCCAUACUUCUGCUGAGGGACGAAAAACGUCUGAUGUGAUUGCAGCAAUGUACCCACUUAACAUACCUCCACCUUCAAAAAUAGGAGAGCACACGUUCAAUAAGUUUGUUAAAGAGAGUAACUUAUUCCAAGAUGAAAGAUUUAAAUCCUUGGCCAUUAAACGAACCAGUGAUGAUGAUUUCCAAAUGAGAAAAUUAAAAAUAAAAAGUGAAGUUCGACAUCCACCAAUUGACAGAAACGGAAAUAUUUUACCUCCAGAAAAUUUUAAAAAAUAUGCUCAUAGAUUUAUACCC